CAUGCUGGUACUCGAAUUAUCGGACCCUCACAAAAUUACCGGUAUUUCCUGAAAAAGCCUCAGUCUCACGUUUCAGCCAGCUAGCCCAGAGACAGAAAGAUAGGGACAUUGAUCUCAUCCACGUUUGUGUAACAAGAAGGUAGAAGCACUUGACCAACCAUGACAGCAAUUGGAAUUGAUCUUGGUACAACUUACUCAUGUGUAGGUGUAUUCCAACAUGGAAAAGUUGAAAUCAUUGCAAACGACCAAGGAAACCGUACAACACCAAGCUAUGUAGCAUUCACAGACAGCGAGAGACUGAUUGGCGACGCUGCCAAAAACCAGGUUGCCAUGAAUCCAACCAACACAGUUUUUGAUGCUAAGCGUUUGAUUGGUCGACGUUAUGAUGAACCUGAUGUACAAGCUGACAUGAAACUGUGGCCUUUUCACGUGGUGAAGGAGGGCGAUAAGCCAAAGAUACAGGUCGAGUAUAAGGGAGAGAAAAAAACAUUCUUCCCAGAAGAGGUCAGCUCCAUGGUUUUGGUCAAGAUGAAAGAAACGGCAGAAGCCUACCUUGGCAAAAAAGUGUCAAAUUCAGUUAUAACUGUUCCAGCCUACUUUAAUGAUUCUCAACGUCAAGCUACAAAAGAUGCUGGUACAAUCUCUGGCAUGAACGUAAUGCGAAUUAUCAAUGAACCAACUGCAGCUGCUAUUGCCUACGGUUUAGACAAAAAACACCAGGCUGAGCGCAAUGUCCUUAUCUUUGAUUUGGGUGGUGGCACUUUCGAUGUGUCAAUUCUGACAAUUGAGGAAGGCAUCUUUGAAGUGAAGUCCACAUCUGGAGAUACUCAUUUAGGAGGGGAAGAUUUUGAUCACCGCAUGGUCAAACACUUCAUCCAAGAAUUCAAGAGAAAAUACAAAAAAGAUAUAACUAGUAACAAGCGUGCUGUCAGGAGGCUGCGAACAGCAUGCGAGCGAGCCAAAAGAACCCUUUCAUCUAGCACGCAAGCAAGCAUUGAAAUUGACUCUCUGUUCGAUGGCGUUGACUUUUACACAUCCAUCAGCCGAGCCCGUUUUGAGGAGAUGAACAGUGAUCUGUUCCGUGAUACCAUCACCCCUGUAGAAAAGGCACUCCGUGAUGCACAAUUUGGAAAGGACGAGAUUCACGAGCUGGUACUAGUUGGCGGUUCCACAAGAAUCCCUAAAAUCCAGAAGAUGCUCAGUGAUUUCUUCAAUGACAAAGAGCUUAACAAGAGCAUCAACCCAGAUGAAGCCGUUGCAUAUGGAGCAGCUGUUCAGGCAGCCAUCCUUUCUGGUGACAAGUCUGAUGAAGUGCAAGACCUUCUCCUACUCGAUGUUGCACCACUGUCUCUGGGAAUUGAAACAGCUGGAGGAGUAAUGUCGAACCUCAUCAAAAGGAAUACAACUAUCCCGACGAAACAGUCCCAAACUUUCACAACAUAUGCUGACAAUCAACCUGGUGUGCUCAUUCAGGUUUACGAAGGUGAACGUACGAUGACCAAGGACAAUAACCUUUUGGGUAAAUUUGAAUUAACAUCAAUUCCUCCUGCACCUCGUGGUGUACCUCAGAUUGAGGUUACUUUUGACAUUGAUGCAAAUGGCAUUCUGAAUGUAUCUGCCGUUGAUAAAGGUACCGGCAAAGAGAACAAGAUCACCAUUACAAAUGACAAAGGUCGUCUAUCCAAAGAGGAGAUUGAAAGAAUGGUCAAUGAUGCAGAGAAAUUCAAGGAUGAGGACAAUAAAAUGAAAGACAGAGCCACAGCAAGAAAUCAAUUAGAAAGCUAUGCAUACAAUAUCAAAAGUACAUUGGAAGAUGACAAAGUUAAAGACAAGAUUGAUGAUGAUGAAAAGACCAAAGUUUUGGACAAAUGCAAAGAGGUUAUAGAAUGGCUAGAUCACAACCAGACUGCAGAGAAGGAUGAGUUUGAAUAUCAACAGAAGGAACUUGAGAAGGUUGCAAUGCCCAUCUUCAGUAAAUUGUAUCAAGGAGCAGGAGGUGCAGCUGGUGGUAUGCCCGGUGGCAUGCCCGGUGGAAUGCCUGGAGGUUUCCCUGGAGCUGGUGGUGCUCCCGGUGCCGACAGCUCAUCCGGCGGCCAAGGACCCACCAUCGAAGAGGUCGAUUAAAAUCUAUAUCAGAGGACCACAUUCAAAUUAACCGUCAACUCAACACUUUUAUAUAGAUUACAUUAUUUAGCUAUUUGUACAAUCAUUCCAAAUUAUAAAAUUCUACCCUUAUUAUGUAAACUAGACAUGUCCAAGAAAAAUGUCAUGCUAUAGUCAACAUAAUGGCCUAGCUAAUAUGUUGGUAUUACUGUACUUAAAUGCUAGUUGGUGAUAAUUCACUGCAACAAUAAAUAUAGCAGUUGGGUCUACAUACUAAAUACUAUGCAGCAUUCUUGAUUCUAAAAGCUAAUCAUUUUGGCAAUGUAUUAAAAUUAUUGUUAUUUAAAAUAAUGCAAUAUAUAAUCAGCGGCAAAAUGAUGCUCAUAGUGAAACUUGUAUUUCAAAAAAAUCUAUACCUAUACUUGGUGAUAUUUUCAUAACCCUCGUGUAUACUCUUUGUCAUUUGUGUUGAAGAAAAUAGUAUAAAAUAUCAUACAUAAUAAACUAUCUGGUAGUAUAUCUACUUGUAUGGCCUAACAUUAAAGAAAAACAAAUG